GUUCCUACAAGUCCCACAACCCCCCCGGACUACAGCUCCCAGCCUGCCGGGCCCACCCCCCGCACGGCUCGGCCCGGCCCCGCGGAGGGCGCGGCGACGGUGGGGGGGGGGGGGCGGCGGCGGCGGGGCCCGGAGCGGAGCCAGGCUGCUGUCCCCGAGGUGUCCCCAGCGCAGGGACGAUGAGCGCUGCCGCAGCCCGGAGCCAGCUGGGGAUGGGUCCCCGAGCCCGCAGAGCCACGGGGACGCGGAGCUACGGCUGAGCCCGGCGUGCCGAGCCGUGCCGCGCCGUGCCGCGCCGUGCCAGGCGGAUGGAAAGCUGCACCCCGGCAGGGAGCCCCGCCGGCCGCCUGCCUCCACCCCGCGCCCGCCAGCCCCCUCCUGCGCCCGCCCCGCGCCCCAGCCCUAUGCCAGGCGAGCGGCGCCCGCCGUGCCCACCCGCCCGCCAUGAAGUGCUCGCUGCGCCUCUGCUUCCUCUCGACCGCCUUCCUCCUCGUCUUCGUCAUGUCCGUGCUCUUCACCUACUCCCACCACAGCAUCGCCUACCUGGACCCCGGCGGGCUGGGCGGCAUCCACCGGGUGAAGCUGGUGCCCGGCUACGCCGGCGUGCGGCAGCUCGGCCACGGGGGGCUGUACCCGAGGGGCUGCGCCUGCCGCCGCUGCCCCGAGGACGCCGCCGACGCUGCGGCCGCCUGGUUUGACAGCCGCUACGACGGCCGCGUCUCCCCGGUGUGGACCAAGGAGAACAUGGAGCUGCCGCCGGACGUCCAGCGGUGGUGGAUGAUGCUGCAGCCCCAGUUCAAGUCCCACAACACGCAGGAGGUGCUGAGCAAGCUCUUCCAGAUCGUGCCGGGCGAGAACCCCUACCGCUGGCGCGACCCGCGCCACUGCCGGCGCUGCGCCGUGGUGGGCAACUCGGGCAACCUGCGCGGCUCCGGCUACGGGCCCGAGAUCGACGGCCACGACUUCGUCAUGAGGAUGAACCAGGCGCCCACAGUGGGCUUCGAGGGGGACGUGGGCAGCCGGACCACGCACCACUUCAUGUACCCCGAGAGUGCCAAGAACCUGCCCGCCAACGUCAGCUUCGUGCUGGUGCCCUUCAAGACCCUGGACCUGCUCUGGAUCGCCAGUGCCCUCUCCACCGGCCAGAUCAGGUUCACCUACGCGCCUGUGAAGCCUUUCCUGCGGGUGGACAAGGAAAAGGUGCAGAUCUACAACCCUGCCUUCUUCAAGUACAUCCACGACCGCUGGACGGAGCACCACGGGCGCUACCCCUCCACCGGCAUGCUGGUGCUCUUCUUCGCCCUGCACGUCUGCGACGAGGUGAACGUCUUCGGGUUCGGCGCCGACAGCCGGGGCAACUGGCACCACUACUGGGAGAACAACCGCUACGCCGGCGAGUUCAGGAAGACCGGGGUGCACGACGCCGACUUCGAGGCGCACAUCAUCGACAUGCUGGCCAAAACCAGCAGGAUCGAGGUCUACCGGGGGAACUGAGGGCCGGACGGCGGCGCGUCCUCCAGCUCGCCCACGCCAAGGAGCGGGGCUCGGCGCCCGGCCGGCAGCGGGUGGCCCCCGGCACCCGUGGGUGCUCGCCGGCAGCCCCCGGCCGGCAGCGUGGCCCCAAUGGAGCUGCCCCGGGCAGCGCUCGGUGCCUGUGACCAAUCAGGUUUUGAGCGAAAAAGGAGACUUUUUGUUGUUCUGGGGGUUUUUACUUAAUAUUAUUGUUAUUAAGGAACCCGUCUCAGCCGAGCGAGGAUUUACAGACGCACUCAGCGCCCGGCCGGCGGGAGCGCCCGACUUGCAUCUCUUUACAGUCAAACCAAAUGCUGCUCUUUUUAAAAUGAAAACAAACAAAAAGAAAACACACACAAAAAAAAAAAAAACCUGAAGCCUGGCGACUUCGGGAAGCACCCGAGCCAAGGGUCAAGUGACAAUCAGCCCCCGAGGGCGCAGUUGUGUCGUGCCACCAUGCCGGUGUCCGACGGCCACCUCCUCCGGCUCUGCCUGUCCCCGGGUGCGGAAGCCACCGCUGCUUUCGUCCUAUAAUUUGAUUUUUUUUUCUCCCCCUUCGCUUGGCGACGUCCCUUUGCGGCUGCAAUCCCGUGGCCCCCAGGAAGGGGAGGUCGGACUCUCGCGGUCCCGUUGCCGGAGCCUGCUGCGGCGAUGCUGGCUCGGGGACGCCACCGUGCCAACCCCGCUGCGUCGGGGCCGGCGUCCUGGGCACUCUUUGCCUGAGGUUAAAGGUUAGGAGGAAUUUGGGGUGGCCGCAUGCAGCCGGCAGCUGAGAGACCUGCACAGCGGCAGCCUGGUCCCUCUGCGGCACCCAUGUCCUGGUUACGGUGACACCGAUGCGCAGCAGCAGGCGCGUGGCGAGGGAUGGAGCGGGCUUUCCCUGCCCUUUCAGAACAGAAAAAGGGCAGGUGGGGGCUGGCUUCAGCAGGUGGACGAAGCGUCCUUUUUCUUUUGUUCCCCCGUUUGCUGGCUCUGGUGAGAAGCUGGAAACCCAAAGGCUUUGCUCUGCUCACGCCGGCAGGCGAGACGUGGGAUUUUUGGGAUGGGGAAUUGCAGGUCCCCAGGGCUAGCCCCACACUCCCUGCUGCCGGUGGCACAGGCAGGGGCGCAGCCUCCUGGUGGUGUAAUUAAAACCACUUUUCUUUUGGGCAAUCAAGCAGCUGGGGUUGGGACGUGCUGGAAAGCUCAAGACCAAGGCAAUCAUGGAGCCGCUGGGCGCCACCAGCCCCGCGCCUCCACCUGAGGGAGAGCAGGGAGCGCUGGGGGCUUCGGGUUUUUUCCUUUCACAUCUGGCUUUUCUGUAGCAGCCCCUUACCUGUUUCUCUGCUUUGGAUUGAUUUAUUUUUUUCCACGGGGUUUUCUUUUUUUUUUAUUAUUAUUUUUUGGAGGUUUCUCUCUGCAGUUGUGAAGUGCAAGGCUUGGGGCACCCGGGCUGGGCCCUUUCUCCUCUCUUCUGCCCAUGGGGCUCCAAUCCCAGUUUUUUUUUCUGGGCAGGUUUUGGUAGAAGCAGCCCCAGGACGCAUCCUGCACCCUCCUGGGGUGUUGCCUUGGCGUUUGGUCCUGUUGAUUUUUUUUUUUUUAGGGGAAGAAAACCACAAAAAAUCACAAAACCACGAGCAACAACGAGUGCCUUGACCAUCUCCUGUCGGCCGCGCCGGACCGAGCCCGCUGCCAACACCACCCUGUGAGGUUGGGAUGCACCAGGGCUGACCCCGGGGCUUCCUCCUCUUUUCCUUCCCCUCCUGGGGGGCACGGGGCGGCCUCGGGGCACCUCCUGGGUGCGGGGCAGAGGCUGGGGAGGACAGGAUCCGGCGUGACGGGGCUGGACCAGCACCGCUCCCCGCUCCGGGCCAGACAAUCACGGGGCGAGAGGAUGCGCUGGGUCCCGAGCCCGCCGGCAGCACCGUGCCAGCAUCCGACAGUUUUUCGGCUAACUUCCUUCCCCCCCCACACACCUCCCUUUUUAUUAUUGUUAUUAUUAUUAUUAUUAUUGGUGUUGGUAUUAUUUAAAGCGUCCCGCCACGAGGACUCGCGACCACUCCACGCACGAGCAUGCUGCACGCCCCGCGGGCGCUGCGCCUCCGAGCACCACUGUACUGUACAUAGAGGAGACGUAGGCAGAGGCUACGGGCAGGGGGUGCCCGUUUUGGGGGCACAGAGGCAAAAAAAAGAGGUUUUGGGGGCCUCCAUCACACGGUGCCCAAGCGGGAGAGGCGGCCCCGUGCCCUGCGCCACGGCCAGGGAGGGGGUUCCCGUAGCUUCUGCCUACGCGGGUACUUCUGCACACAAUUGUCUUAAACCAACUUUUUUUGGUUGUUUUUGGUUUUUUUUAGUCAAUAAAAAUCAUGCAUCCAAAGCC